AAUCCAUGGUGUCAUCCAGCUGCAUGCAUAUCAUCACCUCCUCCUGGCACGCCUGGGUCCCAAUCGUCAUUCACCCAACCCUGCAUAUCCAGAUACUUCCAAUUCCCAUCCUCACUCUUCCCGAUCUCCUCCUAUCGCAUUGACGUGCCAUCCCUCAAUCCCACCCUCCAACCCACGUCCACGACCAUGACCGACUCUCCGGUCGUGCGAGCCCCGCUCGACCCCGCGGAGAAGCCGAUAUUAGACCGCUUGCUCCAGGUCCGCGACGGGCUCGAGCUGCUGCGGCAGGACAAGUCGACGUACGUGAAGUCACAGGAUAUCAUUGGGGCGUACGAGGAGGUUAUCGUCCAAGUACAUGCUCUGGACGAGAAGCGGAAAGGGAAACGGACGGAUGAUAGUCGAGUCGAUACGGUGUUGGAUGAUUGCUUCCAACUGAUAUCGUUGGCGUUUAUGACCAUUGGAAAAAACCACGAAGCUCCUGCCGUUUACUCGGCCGUUUCCAACGCAAAGAGACUGCUCGACCACCUGAAAGAAGCUGCGUUCUUCUACCGGAAAGACGUUGAGUCGAUUAGCAACCGUAUAGAAGAAUUUCGAGAUAUUGUCAAGCGCAGUCGCCAGAGCUAUGAUCCACAUCUUUCAAAUUUAUUGGAAGCCAGAGUAGAAGCCUGCGAAACGAUAGUGAACGUGCUGAAAGAGUGGCUGGCGCCUCUGAGGGAGAACAAGGAACUCUGCAACACUUAUGAGAGAUUGGUCUCCAUAUUAAGGACGCUGUCAGCAUGCAACACAAAGUCAAAGUUCCCCGCAGCGGAAGUGGAUAGCAUCAAGCAGGAGCUCUUGGAUAUCGAGGCGGAUCUGCGGCAGAAAAACAUCCUAAAAGACGACCGCUCCUAUGCGAAGAGGUUCGAGGAUCAUAUCAAAGUCUUUGGCACGGAAUCGAGCCUCCAUCCGAGCGCGGAGAGGCUGGUUGCGGAUUUACACACUCGAUGCGCAUUAUGGGUGCAUCUCAUACAGGAGAAGCAAGGCAAAGUCGAAGAGAAGUUCCAAGACGUCUACCAAAAGUUGUUAGGAAUCAGGAAUCACUUGGACAAGCUCACGUUAACGCAAGCGUGGUCCCUUCGAGAGACCGACCUAUUUCAAUUCCAGCGACAGCUUGAUCGGAUUGAUGAAUCUCGUGUGGACGGCCAUUUCCUUGACAGCGAAGGGAAACCAUCAGACCUGCACGCGCAGAGGACGCUCUUGUACCUCCUUCGGAAGAGCUACGCCCUCAUCUUCCAGCUGUUAAUCUCCUCGGAGGCUGUAUCCGAGGCUCUCCUCCCGAUUUACAACCAGCUCAAUACCCUCAAGCGAUGUCUUCUGGAGGUGAAGAAUGCCGGAGGAUGUGCAUCCAUUCGAGAGUUGUACCCAUACAGCCUCAAGCUCAACUCGAUCGAUAACAUGAGGGUGGAAGGUAAAUUCAUGGUUGGGAACGACAUCCCUGAUGGCCAAGGAGCGGUGACCCAGCUGCUGGAGGAAUGCUUCGAGAUCGCGUACGACUUGCGAAACCAGGCGGAAGACGCGGAGACUCAGGAGAGAGGCGAUGCAGGCGAGGGUGAGAAGGAUGAUGACGCUCAGACGAAGUAAUGUAGUUGUAUCCAUUGGUCUAGUGGGUACGGCGGCAUCGUGUUCUUGUCUUCUAAAUCGAGACAUUGAUGAGGGUUCCCAGUAUUUUGUGGCGACAUCGGGUUGAUUUUGCAGGCAUCGGCAUGUUUGAUGAACUUCCUCUUCUGCACUUGGACUGCUAAAUCGGUAAUCCUCCUCCCAUUGGCCGUCGAUGGUCAAAUCUGUAUUUUAUCCAACAAGAGCUCCGGUUCUUCUUCGCCCUCGGGGCUAUCUGCAUCUGUAAAUGUCAGAUGGGAGCCGUAUGAGAUGC